AUGGCAAACUAUUCUCAAGAUCCCUUAACCACAUCCACUAAACCAAGUCUAAUCAAAGAAAAAGAACGAUUUGAUGAAGAAACAGUGAGCUUGCUAGCGGAGAGGAUCUUGUACACCGUGGCCUUCAUCCCCGUGGUUUUCAAAUCAGCCUUGGAGCUUGGCGUUAUCGACACGAUCGCAGCCGUAGAUGAAGGUGUGUGGCUCUCGUCUUCUGAGAUUGCACUUCGUCUCCCAACCAAACCCACCAACCCGGAGGCACCGGUUUUGUUGGACCGGAUGUUGGUUUUACUAGCCAGUCACUCGAUCUUGAAGUACCGUAUAGUUGAAACCGGAGAGAACGGUCAAGCUGUCAAAUUCGAGAGGCUCUAUGCUGCUGAACCGGUUUGCAUGUUUUUCUUGAACCGUGGAGAUGGCUCCGGUUCUCUCGCCUCUCUGUUUAUGGUAGCCCUAAGCGAAGUCUAUUUCAAGACUUGGCCACAUCUCAAAGAUGUGAUAUUAGAAGGAAAAGAUGCAUUCACAUCUGCUCAUGGCAUGAACCUCUUCGAAUACAUUGGUUCAAACGAACGAUUUGGCGAGUUAUUUAACCGGGCAAUGUCAGAAGUUUCUACCCUGACCAUGAAGAAAGUUCUAGAAGUUUACAGAGGUUUUGAAGAUGUAAACACUUUAGUGGACGUGGGAGGAGGAACUGGAACCGUUAUAGGUCUAGUGACUUCCAAGUAUCCUCAUAUUAAGGGCAUCAAUUUCGAUCUACCCUCGGUUCUAACCCAUGCUCCUCUUUAUCCAGGAGUGGAGCAUGUUUCAGGAGAUAUGUUCACAGAAAUUCCAAAAGGAGACGCCAUUUUGAUGAAAUGGAUACUACAUGAUUGGACCGAUGAAGAUUGUGUAAAGAUUCUGAAAAAUUGUUUGCAAAGUCUUUCCAAACGAGGAAAAGUGAUAAUAGUCGACAUGAUUAUACCCGAAAAACCAAAGAUCAAAGACCUCUCUUCUAACAUUGUGUUUGGCAUGGACAUGACUAUGUUAACACAAUUAUCGGGUGGUAAGGAGAGGUCUUUUUCCCAGAUCAAGACUCUAGCCUCGGAUUCUGGUUUUCAUCGUUGUGAAGUUAUAUGUCGUGCAUAUUCAUUUUGUGUUGUUGAACUCCACAAAUAGAUUCGAAGUUUUACCCAAAAACAAACAAUCAUCCCAUUCAUGUGUAGACUAUA